AUGAGUAGAUCAGUAGGCGAUUCUAGCAAUGUACUACGAAAGAAAGCAGAUAUUAAAACUGCUUUUGGUAGUGAAUUAUCACAAAAAGCUGCCAACACAUAUGUUUCUGAUACUGAAAUGGAAGCCAAAGAUGUUAAUACCGUAUCUGGACCGAUAACUUCGGAACGAGGUUAUAGUUGGAUGAUCGCAUCUGUCAUAAUUGUUUCGGAUUUGGUUGGAGGAGGUGUAGUUGCUAUGCCAGCUGCAUUUCAUGAAACAGGUAUGCUUCUUGGCUGUUUAUUUAUGGGAAUAAUCGCUAUAUUCUUCACGACAACUGCUUAUCUUUUAGCCCAGACAUGGGCUAUAAUGAGAGAACGAUGGCCUGUCUACAAGACACAUUGUCGUCAACCGUAUCCUGAAAUUGGCAUGCGCAGUUUUGGACCUAAAAUGACAUUGAAUUUCACAGCUUUUUGUGUUAAUAUGACGUUGUUUGGUGUUACUACUGUAUAUAUUAUCCUAUCAUCAAGUAUAUUCCACAAAACUCUGCUGUAUUUCGGCAUUAGAAUAGAUUUCUGCCUUUUGCUAAUAAUCCUUGCAGUACUAAUCUUACCAAUUACUUUUCUCCGGUCACCAGCUGAUUUUUGGUUUAUUUUGGCCAUAUCGCUUUUCAGUACCAUUGUUGCAAUUACGUUAAUUUGGACUGGUGUUAGUCAAGAUCACAGUUCAUGCAAAUCAUCAGCCGUCUAUAUAUCACCAUCGUUUCAGUCCCUCUACAGUCUUGGCACGUUCGUAUUUGCCUACAGCGGUCAUCACGUAUUCCCAACGAUACAGCAUGAUAUGCGUGAACCAAAAGAUUUCACAAAAUCUGUCUUACUUGGAUUCUUUUGGACCGCUAAAAUGUAUAUUCCCUUGGCCGCAUAUUCCUAUGCUGUCUAUGGUCAAAGCAUGCGAGAAUCAGUAAUUGAUUCGCUUCAAACAACUUGGAUAAGACAUGGGGCUAAUUUAGCAGUUGCAAUCCACUGCUUACUCACUAUUAUUCUCACCAUCAAUCCGGUCAAUCAACAAUUUGAAAAUAUUUUCCAUGUUCCACACAAGAUGUGCUGGCAACGUGUUGCCAUUCGUACCGGACUUGUGGCACUCAUGUUGUUCGUCGCCUUAUCAAUUCCGAAUUUCGGCUCAAUUAUGGAUUUCUUCGGGAGCACAACUAUCCCAUUUACUUGUGUUAUAUUGCCAACUUUAUUUGGUCUUUCUCUUAAAUCCCAGCGUUACAAUGAGAAAACGAAGAAAUGGCAAAUGGCCACAUUAAAAGAGAUUUGUGAGAGAACACCACGUUACGUAUUAUGUUGGUACGUGUUUUUGAAUGUGGUAACGAUAAUUGCAUCGAUGAUAAGUACGCUGAUGGCAGUUAAAGCGAUGGCAACAAUUCGAUUUGUUCCACCCUGCUUUAUGCAACUUUUUACGGAACCAACAGAUCAUCAUCUAAACACCACUACCAGUCUGUUGAAUUGCUGCGGACGAUACUCGAACAUUACGUGGAAUCCGGAAAAUCAAUGUUUAAGCCAUUAA